UGUGGGGGUGCCCCGAUGUUGGGGUUCCCUGGCGUUGGGGGUCCCGCUGUGGGGAUCCCGCUGUGGGGUCCCCGAUGUUGGGGUCCCACUGUGGGGGUCCCUGACGUUGGGGUCCCCGCGGGGGUCCCAGACGCCGAGCAGGUGGGCAGCGUGGGGCUCGUGGAGAUGCUGCACCGCUCCAACCUGCUGGCCAUCGUGGGGGGCGGCAGCCAGCCCAAGUUCCCCGACGCCUCAGUGCUGAUCUGGGACGAUGCCCGCGAGGGGAAGGACAAGCUGGUGCUGGAGUUCAGCUUCCCCAAACCCGUGCUGGCCGUGCGCAUGCGGCACGACAGGCUGCUGGUGGCUCUGCAGAGCCGCCUGUACGUGUUCUCCUUCCCCCACCGGCCCACCAAGCUCUUCGAGUUCGACACCCGCGACAACCCCAAAGGGAUCGUGGAUCUGUGUCCCAGUUUGGAGCGGGCCCUACUGGUGUUCCCGGGGCACAAGUGUGGCAGCCUGCAGCUGGUGGACCUGGGCUCGGCCAAGCCGGGCACGUCCUCGGCGCCGGUGACGAUCAACGCGCACCAGAGCGAGGUGGGCUGCGCCGCGCUGAGCCCCCCGGGCAGCCUGGUGGCCUCGGCCUCGCGCCGGGGGACCCUGAUCCGCCUCUUCUGCACCCAGAGCCGCGCGCGCCUGCUGGAGCUGCGCCGGGGCACCGACCCCGCCACGCUCUACUGCCUGGCCUUCAGCCCCGACUGCUCCUUCCUGUGCGCGGCCAGCGACAAAGGCACGGGGCACGUCUUCGCGCUGCGGGACACGCGCCUCAACCGGCGCUCGGCGCUGGCGCGCGUGGGCAAGGUGGGCCCGGUGCUCGGCCCCUACGUGGAGUCCCAGUGGUCCCUGGCGAGCUUCACCAUCCCGGCCGAGGCGCCCGGCGUGUGCGCCUUCGGCAGGGCCGGCCGCAGCCCCAGCUCCGUCAUCGCCGUGUGUGUGGACGGCACCUUCCACAAGUACGUGUUCAGCCCCGACGGGAACUGCAACCGCGAGGCCUUCGACGUCUUCCUGGACAUCUGCGACGAUGACGACUUCUGACCCCCUCCCGGGCCCCCCCCGGGCCCCCCCGAGCCGGGGGACCCCCAAAACCCGGCGGCCCACCGA